CCCUGAGAUCAUGACCUGAGCAGAAAUCAAGAGACUGAUGCUUAACCCGCUGAACCACCCAGGUGCCCCACCCCUUAAACUUUCUAUUGAAUUUGCAUAGUAAACCAAUUCUAGCUGGUCUAUCACUUAAGUUUAUACUCCUGAAACAUGUGAAUGAAUCUCUUCACCUACUGUAGUGGCAGUGAGUUUGUGUAUAUUCUUUGUUUAGGAAUAGACUGAUAGCAACACCGUUUUCUACUUAAUUUUUCCCCAGAGCACAGAUUAUACAAUAUAAUAGACAAGUCCAUGAGGUCAGAGAAGGUAUUUGUAUUUCCAACACUUAGUACAAUAUUUGACGUAUAACAUGAAAUAAGUGUUUGUUGAACAAAUACAGUUGGCUUUGUUCUUGCCAACAUCCUUUCCUAAAGUGUCUGUCACCAUUUCCACAUUUAUAACUUCACAGGAGAAUACAAGUUAUCAUUUUAUUUAUAAACCAUCCCAUGUGUAAUCUGUGGUAUGUUUUUGUGUGUGCGUGUAAAUAAAAUGAGUGAUACGUUUUGUAGCAUCGUCAGCAAACUAGGUUUAAGUACAACACAUGGUGGCGCUGUAAGCUAAGGCUGGGAAUACCAGACCGGGGAUGGUUACUGUUCCUGCAGUCAUAUGCAGAUCUAAGAGAAGAUAAUUAACCUUGCGGCAGGGAUCGACUUGCAGAGCAGUUUGCCUAAAGACCCAAUAAGUACCCAGAUUCUAAAGGCUUUUGGCGUUGGAGAAAUGGAGGCUGAAGAGGAGCGUUUUCCUAGACUAAGGCAAGUUCUUCUUCUCUUUGUUUUGCUGGCUCACACUUGCGCGGAGCGGGAAGAUUAUUUUAUUACAGAAGAAACAGAGAGUGGUUCUUUUGUGGCCAAUCUAGCAAAGGAUAUAGGGCUAGGGGCAAGAGAGCUCUCUCGGCGGAGGGCUCGGAUCAUUUUUAACAAUGACAAAAAGCAUUUUCAGCUGAACCUUCAGACUGGAGAUUUACAAGUAAAUGAGAAACUGGAUCGGGAAGAAUUGUGUGGCCCCACUGAACCUUGUGUACUGCAAUUUCAAGUGUUACUGGAAGAACCUUUGGAGGUAUAUAGGUAUAAGCUUUUGGUCACUGACAUAAAUGACAAUUACCCUGUGUUCCCAGAGGCAGAAAUGAUUUUAAAAAUCAUGGAAAAUACUCUUCCAGGGGCUGUGUUUCCCCUGAAAAAUGCGCAAGAUUUGGAUGUAGGUGUCAAUAAUGUUCAAAACUACACCAUUUAUCCCAACUCCCAUUUCCACGUGCUCACCCGCAACAGCGGUGAAGGCAGAAAAUACCCGGAACUGGUUCUGGACAAAGCCCUAGAUCGAGAACAGCAGCCCGAGUUUAGAUUAACUCUCAUGGCAGUAGAUGGUGGAACUCCUCCCAAAACUGGGACUACCCUGGUCCUCAUUGAUGUUUUGGACAUCAAUGACAAUGCUCCUGAGUUUGUGCAGCCACUCUAUCGUGUGCAGAUCCUGGAAAACAGUCCCCUGGGAUCUCUUAUUGUCACUGUUUCAGCUAGAGAUUUAGACACAGGAAUAAACGGUGAAGUAGUCUAUUCAUUUUUCUAUGGUGAUGAAGAGAUUACUAGGACAUUUGCACUUAAUGAACUCACAGGAGAAAUUAAAAUAAUUAGGAAAUUAGAUUUUGAAAAAAUUAAGUCAUAUGAGCUGGAUAUUAAGGCUUCUGAUGGAGCAGGUCUUUCGGGAAAAUGCACUGUCAUAAUAGAGGUGGUGGAUAUAAAUGACAACACCCCAGAAAUGACCGUGGCUUCCCUUAUAAGUUCCAUCCCUGAAAAUUCCCCUGAGACCACGAUAGCUCUUUUCAGUAUUCAAGACCCAGACUCUGGGGAAAAUGGGAGGAUGGUUUGUUCCAUCCAGGAAGAUGUCCCGUUCACUCUGAAACAUUCUCUUGAAAAUUUCUACAAGUUAGUAACAGAAGGAGUGCUAGACAGAGAGACAAGAUCUGAGUACAACAUCACCAUCACCGUCACCGACUUGGGGACCCCC